AUGAAUCAAGAACGAGAAAAGGAAAUUAUUGAGCGAUUCACCGAAAACCUCAACCAAAAAGAAAAAGUUAACGAAGUAGCGGUAAUUGGAAGAGAUAAAGAAAUCAAACAGUUAAUUUAUAUUUUGUCGCGGAUGAUGAAAAAUAAUCCUUUGCUGGUUGGCAAGCCCGGAGUCGGAAAGACCGCCAUAGUAGAGGGUUUAGUUCAAAAAAUUAAACAAGAUCAGGUUCCUAAUUACCUACAAGGAAAAACCAUUUAUCAACUUGAUAUGAUUUCUCUAAGAGCCGGAACUAAAUUUCAAGGAGAGUUAGAAACCCGAUUAAAAGUAAUUUUGAAUUAUAUGGCUCGACCGGAAAAUAAUGCCAUUCUCUUUAUUGAUGAAAUUCAUAUGAUUAUGGGGGAUGGAGGUGUACAGGGGGUUCUCAAUGUUGCUAAUUUGCUAAAACCAAUGCUUUCGCGGAGCGAAAUUCAGUGUAUCGGAGCCACUACCCAAGAAGAAUACCGUCAAUAUUUGGAAAAAGAUGAAGCCUUAGCACGUCGUUUCAGCAAUAUUUUAGUCGACGAACCCAGUCCGGAGGACACCCUGGAUAUUUUACGGAACAUUCGAAAUUAUUUUGAAAUUUAUUAUGAAUUAAAGGUCUAUGAUGAAGCUCUUUUGGCCGCAGUAAAGUUUUCACGGCGUUAUUUGACCACUACUUAUUUGCCGGAUAAAGCCAUUGAUUUGUUGGAUGAAACUUGUGGGAGAGUAAGAAGCGAAAUGUGA